AUGAGGGGAGCAGCUGGGAUUGAUUCUGCUCGAAGUCGCAAUGCAACGAUGCAAGAAAAGAAGAAGCUGAAGAAGGACACAAAGGCCGGGAAUGAAGUCGUGGAGACCAAAGAAAGCAAGAGUACCAAGCAAGACCUUGACGAUGAUGGAAGAACGGCAUACGAGAGGAAGUGGGACGAACAGCUGCAGAAGUUGGAACAAAGGCGAGCCAAGGAGAACGCUAAGAAGAGUCACAGGCAACGGGUCGAUGAAUUCAAUGAAAGGCUCAGCAAGCUCUCGGAGCACAACGACGUUCCCCGUGUUGCAGGAGGCGCUUGA